GCAUCGCCGCUACUCUCGGUUGAAUUCUUUUCGAUCCCUAGCUCCUUUGUCAGUGCGCUGAUGCCGAGCCACGAUGUUGCGUCCUUCCGAUCGAGCAGCCUCUAAAAGCGGCACGUCUCGCUAUUCCAAGGCGCUGCCUGGGGUUCCUGGGAGCGAUGGUUACGACGACGACGACGACGCCGACGACAUCAGCGACAAGAAGAGCGCCGACAGAAUAUCCGGGAGCAAAAGCAGCGAUCCCGCGCACAGCCGAACCAACAGCGCAUUCAGUCUUCCGGCGCGAACCUCGUCGCUCGCAUCGCCGCCGCCGCCGCCGAAAGACCUUCCUCUCCCUCCGCUACCGACCAAGUUGCAGCUGAAUCUCGGCGACAACGAUUACAGCAAGUCGAAUAAGAGCACAAAUUCCAAUCAUAGUUCAAUUGCAGUCGCCGCGCCCUCGUCCGUGUCCAGCACCACGGCCUCGGUGCCGAGUCUGCAGUCGCCGCCCUUGAGUGCUCGCUCUAACAUGAUGGCGAUCCCACGGAAACCAAUCGCAAACCUGCAGCCGCCGUCGGCGCAGUUCCUGGGCCAGCCGUCGCCCACGUUCUCCCUGUCGAGCAUCCUGAUGGCGUACAUGGACGACGGCGACGACGAAUCGCAGGCCGAGUCGCAGGGCAUGGCGCAGUACGGCGAGAGGCGUCAGGAAGCCGCGACAGAAUCAAAUCCAUAUUACGGGACAAACAGCAGCAGUAAUAACUCGAACUUGCCAAUAUCGAAAGGAGCAACGAAUACAGGCACAGGCACAGGCACAGGCCCCGGAAGCGAGAGGCCAGCUGCUGCGCCUGCCAGCGCGCCAUCCGUCGCCAGUGGCAGAGGCAGCAGUGGCUCACUGCCUGCUCGCCCCAACGCCGGCAAAGACCGCAACACGCGCCCAGCUGAUGGCAACCUGAACACGGCUCCUCCGCCACCGCUCAAGGACCGCACGCCUCUGCAGAAAACACCCGCUGCCACUCCUACUGUUGUCACUCCCAUCACCUCCUCCUCCGCACAGCCGCUGCAGCCGUCCGCCGACGCGUCUGACCUGGCCUCUCCGUCGUCGCCCCGGCCCGCGAUCUGGAAGCGCCGUCCACAUAUGACCCAGGGCAGCAGGGAGGUUUCCGGUCUGAGGCUCGACUCCAGCCACGGAUCAACCGCGGACACGCAGCCCCCUUCGAAUGCAUCCGUUUCGAGAGCAGCGCCAGAGCCAGAGCCAGAGCCAGUGCCAGAGCCAGAGCCAGGUCAGGUAGCAGAUUCAGUACGAGAGCCAGUUCCAGAAGCAGCACCAGAGCCAACGCGAGAGGCAGCACGGGAGCCGGAGCCAGCUGCGGCAGAGACGGCAUCGGAAACGGUGUCGACUGACAAAGCCGCGGCCCAGCGAGCGCCCCCGUUUGCCGGCGGCUUGCCUGGCCGAAACAUUCGCCCUUCGCUGCGGCUCAAGGACCGGCCCGUCGUUGCCGCAGAAGAAGCCAUGGGGGGCGAAACUUCCAAGAUGAAGCAGAUCAAGGACAAGCUGGCACCGCAGCGGUCCGACUCGCUGCUGUCCAAUACCGCCGGAGCCAAGACUGGGCUGUCGACAGCUCCCGCCGCCAAGAGGCCGCCGACCCCAGAGUAUCAGAAGGAGGAGGUCAAGGAGCCGGCUGUCGAGCCCUUUGUCUCUCCCGUGUCUCCAGCCUCGUCUCCCGAGGCGCCACGGGGCGCUUCUCCCGACUUUUCAAAGGGACUCCCGCCUAAGCCUUCCAACGGCGGCCAGCCGGUCACACUGCCCAGCGGGCCGAGACCCAUAGCACGGAAAGCUCUGCCUUCGCAACCCAGUCAAGACCUCACAGCUGCCAAGAAUGCAUUCCGCCAGCAGCCGAAUGCGAACAGUGUCGGUGCGUCGAGCAGCCAAGCAUCUGCAGUCUCGGUACCACCAAAGGGCGAUGCGGUUCCUGCAGCAGCAUCUGCAGCACCACCUGCAGCACCUACAGUACCUGCAGCAGCAGCCCCUGCGCCGGUGGCACCCCCCAAAGAUGCUGCAUCUAUCCGUUUGGUCCCUGCCAAAGACUCACCCGCGGUGCAGGCACAGCCUGCCAAAGAACGCGCAGAUGCUCCUCAGACGGUGAAGCCUCAGCGAAGCAUGCCUCAGUCGACGUCUGAAGCUCGGAUGCCGCAGUCGGACGCACAAGGGUCUGCCUACCGGGGCCGCGAUGGUACGGUGUACGCCGAAAUGAAGACGGGCGGUGAGCCAAACCCCAAGGCCACGUAUUUUCCCAAACAAUCAGUUCCAGGCUUGAUGAAAGACGGCGUCGCCAAGGCGAGACCGCUGAGCGAUGCGCAUUUCAACUGCUUCCAGAAACACAGGUCCAUGGCUCGCCGCAGCAACAGAAUCUGUCCACUUACGUGCCAGACUUGCGACAGGGCUGACCUCGAAGAUCGCUGGGUGUGUGCCUUUUGCCAUUUACGGAUUUGCGAUGCCUGCCGUCGCAGGCUGGACAGUUAUCAACGAGAUCUCCGCCGAUUUGUCGAUGCGUUGGCCGCGUCUGGCACUCUAGCUGGCCCAUCUUCCUCUCGCCCUGGUACCUCCUUGGGGAUGUAG